AACUGGGUAGAUAAAAAAUGGGACAUAUGAGUUUCUACAAAUUGAUAUUGCAAGAUUUUUAGUUUUCGCUUUCAUUUUCAGUGACAGAAUCAUUGUGUGUCAGCAAUACAAUAAGCAAUAUAUAUAAGUAAUCAAAAGUUAUAAUAAAAAAAAAAAGCAAACACAAAACAUUAAGUAAACAAUUAAAAUAUCUUACGAAAAUGUGUAAAGAAUUUAGCGUUGAAAAAUAUAGUGUUAAUUCCAAAUUUAAUCAACAGGCAGCAUUAAUUUUACAUAGUUUAGAUGCUGAUCAUUUAAUAAAGCCUUGUAAAGAAAGAAACAUAUCAACUAAAGAACUGCAUAAUCUAACUGUCGACGACUUUAUACAAUUAGGUGCUAAUGAAAAUCUGGCAAAAAAAUUGUUUCAUGAUCUUACAAUUAGGAAAAGAAAUUUUACCAAAGAAUGGCCUAUGAUGCAAAAAUUUCCAAAUAUUAUUGAAACGCUUAAUAAUAGUAAGAAACAAUUGAAUUUAAUAUCUGUAUGUGUUGCUUAUGCCCGAUUAAAUCUUCAAGAAAAAGGAAUAAAUAAUACUUUUAUAAACUCACGUGAUUUAUUUCAGAAUUUCGUGACAUAUAGGAUUAGUUUAGUGGGUAUUGCUCGCUCCACACAGUCGCAAAGAAGAUUUAGAAAUGGUUCAAGAGAAAAUUCUUUAUCAUGUAAUCCAUUGCUACAUACAACCUGUUUUCAUUUACCAGAUAUACAAAGUUCAUCGAUUCGUUGGUAUUCAAAUCCUGCACGAAGACCAAGUUUCUUUACACAAUUUGUUGAAAAUAUUAAACAAGAAAUGCAGAAAAAUAAAGAAAUGAAAGAGUCAUUAAAGAAGUUUCGUGAAGAGGCUGAGAAAUUAGAACAGUCUGAAGCAUUGCGCUCAGCGAGACAGAAGUUUCAAGCGGUGGAAUCUGAAGCCUCCAAAAGUUCCGAAGUUAUAAAAGAAAAAUUAGACACUUUAAAAGAAAAAGUACAAGAAGUUAUUGAGGAAGCAAGUAAAUCUGAAUUAGGUAAAAAGGCAGGACAAAUAGGUGAGGAAAUAAGUAAAUCGGCGAAAGAAGCAGCGGAAACGAUUUCUGAAAAAAGUCAAGCACUUGGGAAAACAGGAGCUUUUCAAACAAUCUCGCAAACAGCAGAAGUUGUACGCAAUGAGUUAGAUCACCAUGGAAUGCAAGGGAGAGUUUACGUACCACUUACUAAAUUAAGAAAAAGAAAAGAAGUAGCAGAAAUAUCUUUAGAUGAAAAGCAGGUUAAACCUAAUAUGGAGGCACUAGGAGUUGAAUUACAUAAAGAUUCUAAAUUUUUUCAAUCUUGGCAAAAGUUUAAGGAUAACAAUCCAUAUAUGAAUAAAGUAUUGGAUUGGAAAAUCAAGUAUGAUGAAUCAGAAAAUCCUGUAAUUCGAGCUUCUAGAUUUUUUACAGAGAAAGUUAGUGACAUGGUUGGUGGUAUGUUCCGAAACACAGAUUUGUCUGAAACAUUAACAGAAAUUUGUAAGCUAGAUCCAAGUUUUGACAAAAAUCAAUUUCUAAAAGAUUGCGAGGUAGAUAUUAUACCAAAUGUACUUGAGGCGAUGGUUAGAGGGGAUCUAGAAAUUUUAAAGGAUUGGUGUCAUCAGGCACCAUAUAAUUUAUUAUCACAACCUGUUGUACAAGUACAAAAAUUGGGAUAUUAUUUUGAUAAUAAAAUUUUAGACAUUGAAAACGUAGAUUUACGAAUGGGUAAAAUGAUGGAACAAGGUCCAGUUUUAUUGAUAACGUUUCAAAGUCAGCAGAUUUUCUGUAUUAGAGAUAAAGAAAAUAAUGUGGUGGAAGGAGACCCUGAAAGAGUGAUGCGUUUUGAUUAUGUAUGGGUAUUAUGUCGUGAUCCAAUGGAACUCAAUCCGAAAGCUGCUUGGCGUUUACUUGACAUUAGUAUUUCAAGCUCCAAUCAAUUUGUAUAGUCCACUGAUUCUAGAUAAAAUUAAUAUUUUAUUUAUGGAAAAAUUGAUGUUAAAUGCGAUUUAGUUGUCCUGAAUGUCUCUUUUUUUUUUUUUUAUACAAUGGAACAGCACACAAUGGUUAAAUGAUUUUCUCCUAUAAAAGUUGAUUAUUAUGAAAUAGUUUCUCGUACAAUGUCGUAUUAAAUGAGUACCAUAGUAUUGAGUGAUAUUAUUUAAAACAAAAAUGCUUCUUUUACUUUUUAAAAAAGUAAAGAAAAAGAAAGAAAAUCAAUUGAAUAGUAUCUGUACACAUGAUGUAUUAAAAAUUGCACAGUAUGUACAAGUUUUAAACGAAGAAUAUUUCGUCGAAAUAAUCGACGAGAGAAUUAACAAAUAGGAAUAUAUAUAUAUAUACAUAUACAUAUAUCUUUAUAAAAUAAUAUAAGUAUAUAUUUGGAUCUUAUAUUUAUAUAUGUAUAUAUAUAUUCCUAAUGUCGUGAACGGUAAAAAUGAGAAGUGCCAUUUAACAUGGUUCAAAUGUGUAUACAUUUAUGUAAUAUAAUUUUUGUAUACAUAUCUUAAAAAUUUUAGUUUUAUAGUCUCUGUAUAUAUGCGAUUAUUUCAUUAAGAAUAUCUAUAAUAAAACAAUAGAUAACUUUUUAGAUUCAUGAUGUUUUUAAACCUUUGUUAUAACUAGUAGUUUUAGUUAAACACUUUGAACAAGUUAAAGAUAUA